GCACGGAAAAGUCGGUUGGUUUGCACUGGCGGCCAAAUAGUCCAAUUACCGCAGGGAAGGGGGCCUCUGAACCCAGAUUGGCGUUCUCUCUACCUAUAGGGUAGGCCCAGGGCGGUGAGACCCUGCCCCGGAUGUGGGCGCGGCCCCGAGGUAGACCUGAGAGCGCUUCCACUGUGGUUGUUGGGAGAGGCGGAACUGAGAUCUUCUUCUUGAUUAUCAUGUGACGGGUUCUGGAUUUAAUGGGGGAAAAAGCGUGGAAAAGGCCAAGGAUCCAAACUGGCGAAUUUCCUAAUCUUCGCGCCCCUCUGCGCUCUCCAGCCAGCGGCGCUGCCAGGAUUCUGUUUGCAUUGUGGAUCAUAUCGUACAAGAACUGCGUUCAACUCCAGAAUGUACUGGUCCCACAGUGCAGAAUGGGGGGAGUCCGGAUAGGGCACCGCUGGCGGACCAUCGGCAUUCGAAGAAGAAGGGCAAGGAUAGUUUAGGAACGCCCUGAAGUUCUGAGACAAGUAGGCCCGAAAAUCAGGGUAUAUUUCCCUUCUUUCGACUCUGCAACAGCCUCUUUAAACUGUUUAAAUGAGAAUGUCCUUGGCUCAGAGAGUACUACUCACCUGGCUUUUCACAUUACUCUUCUUGAUCAUGUUGGUGUUGAAACUGGAUGAGAAGGCACCUUGGAACUGGUUCCUCAUAUUUAUUCCAGUCUGGAUAUUUGAUACUAUCCUUCUUGUCAUGCUGAUUGUGAAAAUGGCUGGGCGAUGUAAGUCUGGCUUUGACCCUCGACAUGGAUCGCACAAUAUUAAAAAAAAAGCCUGGUACCUCAUUGCAAUGUUACUUAAAUUAGCCUUCUGCCUUGCACUCUGUGCUAAACUGGAACAGUUUACUACCAUGAAUCUGUCCUAUGUCUUCAUUCCUUUAUGGGCCUUACUGGCUGGGGCUUUGAUAGAGCUUGGAUAUAACGUCUUUUUUGUGAGAGACUGACUGCUAAGGACAUCAUCUCAUUUAUUGCUGUUCAACAAGCUAUCAUUAAAGUGUUCUGAAUCCUUGCAAGCUUGAAGAGUGCCAGAGAACUGAGAAAAAUAUCAAAUGUAAUUUUAUACUGCUUCCAUAAAGUAGUCUUGGUGAAUCGUGGACUUCUAGUCAACCCAAAACUUAAUUAUUCAAUAUUUGAGUUAUUAGUACCCUUAUUGUCCUAUGUAAAUAAAGUUUGUUUUGGAUCUUA